GCACAGCUUAUGCUAACUCAACUAUUGACAAGUCAGCACAUGCCUUAUAUUGCUGUCAUUUUAUAAACGUGUUUAUCUCCUAUCGAUUUCAUGGAUUUUGCUUCGUGACUUUGUGUUAAGCACUCAAACUUCCGCUUGUGUGCUUGGGUAAAGAGCUGAAAUCCCAAUUUGACGAAAGUCCAGAUUCUUAUAAAGAUAACCAGAAAUCGGUCACUCUUGCUUAAAAUGGGCGAAGUUAUAUACAACAGCAAUACAGAUCUUGAAAUGUCAUCAAAUUUAAUGUUAGAAAAAGAAGCAGGGGAGCCAAUUACCGUCCUUGGCACAGGAGACUUUGGUCGAGCUUUAACUAGACGACUCUUAUUGGCUGGUUAUGAUGUCAUCAUGGGCAGCAGGAAUCCAACUAAACGCCAAAGAUCUUCACAUUUAUCAUCGUUCAAAAUAUUAUCUCUUAAAGAAGCGCUUGAGCACUCGGAUGUCAUUUUUCUUGCAAUUCCUCAGAAUGGAUACGAUAGUAUGAUGAAAUCAUGUGGUGUUCUAUUAAAUGGUAAAAUUGUAGUGGAUGUAAGCAAUAGAACAGAAAACAAGUUCAAUGGAAUAUCAAAUGCGGAGUAUUUAUCCAGUCUAAUACCUAAAGCACGCGUAGUGAAAGGCUUUAAUGUGAUAUCUGCAUGGGCAUUGGAACAAGAUAUUUAUGGAGGAAGUCGGACUGUUUUCAUAUGUGGUGAUGAGGCUGAAGCAAAGGAAAAAGUUAUGCAAAUAUCUCGAGCAAUGCAGUUCAUCCCAUUUGAUCAAGGGUCAUUACAGGUUGCCCAAGCUAUUGAAGGAAAGCCAUUGGAAUUGUUUCCCAGUUGGCGAGCAUCGAUGAUAAUUUUUGGAAUUCUUUACUUGAUUAUGUGGCUGUAUUUCAUAUUGGCUUACGUAAUACGGAAGAUACCCUUUACCAACUUUCCACUAAGAAGUUUCAGUUUACUUAAUGCAUUCACUGUUAUUGGACUUUUGGAUCUGGUCUAUCUCCCAGGAUGCAUUGCAGCUAUUUUGCAGCUGAUUACGGUACCAAAUAUCGUCGUUUUCCUAACUGGCUUGACAUUUGGAUGAAAGCUCGUAAACAACUUGGUUUGCUGGCAUUGUUACUGGCUGCAAUGCAUGGUUGUAUGUCAACACUUUAUUGGGGUCCUGAAUAUAAAUCACGUCUUUAUCAAGAUAAAUUUAUUCAAAUCAACAACGUAACAGCUCGUCUUUAUGGAAGAAUGACUGCUCAAGGAGAAGCGUUCUUGACCCUUGGAGUCCUGGGACUGUCCGCUUUGUCUAUUUUGGGUAUCACGUCACUUCCUACUGUCCUCAAUCGCAUGAGUUGGAGA